AUGAUGCUCAACUGGAAGCUUCUGGGGAUCCUGGUCCUUUGCCUAUGUGCCGGAGGCAUCUCAGGCAGUGGGGACCGCCCGUCUUCCCCACCCACAGAGGCCCGAGAGGACGAGGGCUCCCCCACAUUUCCUCAGGGUCCUCCAGUCCCUGGGGACCCCUGGCCAGGGGCGCCCCCUCUCUUUAAGGACCCUCCACCUCCAGGCCCCAGUCAUCCCUGGAGAGACCUGCCUGAAACGGGAGUCUGGCCCCCUGACCCCACUAGAACUGAUCCUCCUCAACCUCCCCGGCCUGAUGACCCCUGGCCAGCAGGACCCCAGCCCCCAGAAAACCCCUGGCCCCCUGCCCCUGAGGUGGACCACAGAUCUCAGGAGGAGCCAGACCUUGACCCACCCCGGGAAGAGCACAGAUAA